UUGGAGGUGAGACUCAUAGAGGUGAAACAAGCCAUCAGCUCAGCUUCAAUCCUCAGAAGUCAGCAUCCGCAGGAGGAGCUCACACACACCUACCUACACACACCUGUCUGCAAACUCACCGCCACACAACACCAAGCAAUAUGAGCGCACGUGAUCCUCCACCCUACCUCAACAAAGAUACUCAGGCGUCAGGAGUGAAGGUUUACCACGUGCACACCCCGUUCACCCCUCCUGACCAAGAGGAGGUCGGCGCUGCCUCUGUGGCCACACCAGUGUACACCAGUGGAGGUGGUGGGGGAGGCAGCAGCGAUCAAGGAAAAAGGAAAUUUGUGAGCUACGAUGUGGGUCUGGGUCGGGACCCCGGCAUGACGACCUGCACGUCCUGCCAGCAGCAGGUCAUGACCAACGUCCAUUACAAAGCAGGGACAUACGCCUGGCUCAUGUGCAUACUCUUCAUCUGCUGUGGAUUGUUCCUGUGUUGCUGCCUGAUUCCAUUCUUCAUCGACAGCUUCAAGGACGCGUACCACACCUGCCCCCGCUGCCAAAGAGUCCUGCACGUAGAGAAGAAGGAGUGCUGUAAAUGAUAAACAGCUGCGGGAGACGAACCCUUAGAAAUAAUCAGCGCCAUCUUGUCAGCUUUGUCUGCCUCUGGAUUCCAGAGACCUGGAGAAGCAAAUCGAGCGUUUUUUUUUUUUUUUUUUUUU